CGGGUCGCACUAAGCCAAAUCUAAAAAAAUAUAUCGGCAAAUUUUAUCCAAAAUUUUAUCUUUAUACAGGAAAUGAUAAUUUUUAACCUCUAGUUCUUACGGUCGCACUUAAUCUUCAAAGAUAAGCAAAUGUGACAGGUUAUUCAAGCCAGAUGCAAAGACGUGACCUCUAGUUUCGCGCMAUUUCUUGUAAACAAAUAUCAAYCAUGYGACCAGUCGAACUACUAGCGAUAACUAUUAGCCUUUUCUACGUAUUGUAUUUUCAACAACAACUUCAACAAGCAAUCUAUUUCGCAAUUCUAUACGCGAGAUGGGCAAACGAUGGAUUUGCUUUGGUUUUAUCGCAAUAUAUGCRAAGAAGAAGACGUCUUCGUCGGAGAUUACGCCGUCGCCAUUGCCCUUAUGCAUGGAGAGUGCCUCGUCCAGAUCAUUCGUGGUUURAACUACAUUAUAAUAAUCGAAAUAUACCAGAGGGUUACUUUAGGAGGCAGUUACGACUAAAGAAAGACACVUUCGAUGCUGUGCUUAACAUGCUUGGUCCUCGAUUAGUACGACAAAAUACUCGAUUGAGGGACGCAAUGGCUCCUGAAAAAAUUCUAGCUUUAGGUCUAUAUCGGCUCGGGCACGGGAAUUCAUACGUUAGCAUUGGACCAGUUUUUAAUGUAGGAAAAAGUACUGUUAUCGAGGCCGUCCAAGAUGUGGUAGAAGGACUGUACGAGCUGCGAAACGAUGUCAUCAAAUUCCCAGAAACUGMCGCAGAAACAGCAGCAUCUAUCGAUACAUUUACUKAACUCUCAGACCUUCCUAACAUCGCGGGUGCCAUUGACGGUAGUCAUGUCAGAAUAAAAGGUCCAUUACAAAGUWAAGCCGACUAUUUCAGUAGAUAUCAACAGUACGACUUUGUUAUUCAAGCAGUUGUUGAUGGCAGAAUGAUUUUUAUGGAUUUUUCAUGCGGAUACCCCGGAGCGAUGCACGACGGUCGGGUUUUACGACGCAGUUCAAUUUUUGAUAGAGCUGAAGCAAGGCAUAUCUUGACUGAACCUACUGCUGAUAUCAAUGGAGACUUGAUUGGACCUUACCUUGUUGGGGAUAGUGCCUACCCAAACUGCCCCUGGCUAAUCAAACCAUAUCCCGAAGGUACGAGAGAUCAAGACGAAAUAAACUUCAAUCGAGAGUUGUCUGCUGCUAGAGUGAAAGUUGAGUGUGCGUUUGGUCAAUUGAAAGGCCGCUGGCGUAUUCUUCAAAAGCGCUUUGACAGUGGAAUUGAAUUUGCAAUUAAAUGUUCAAUUGCUUGCGCUGUCCUUCAUAAUCUUUGCAUUCGAUUAGGAGAUAAUUGGGACGAUGAUUUUGAUCCUCAUGACCCGAUUCCCCCAAAUYCAUCAGCAAAUGUACUUCGAGAUGGGGACGACAUUAGAGAAAAACUCAAGGAUUAUGUUGCUUAGGGUCCUUAGAACUACAACUGUUGUUUUAAAAUGAAUUUAAUUGUAAAAUGAUUCAUACAGAUCAAUAUAUCAAUUUAUAUGUAUACCUAAAUAUAAUCUAUCAUAUUCCAUUAUCAAUUGUGAGUCAAUAAUCAUUCAUGAGCAGUCGAGAAAACUGAGUCUCGAAAGCUGAACAUUAAC